GUUUAGAAAGACGACUACAAGAUUCAAUGCCAAAACCAAUCUUGUUUUUCGUUGGUUCGAUUACAACAGUUUUCAUUUGCGGAGCAUUUAUUUGUUUUCGAAAAAGAUUCAUGGAGAUAUUCAUUAACAGAUAUGAAGGACGGACACAGCCAAUAACAAGAACGUCAGCUACCGAUCGUGAUUCCGGAUACGAUGAAAUUCGUUACUCACAACUCAUCAUGAAUAGUAACAUCUGUGCAGAAGUUGGUGCAUCAUCGCCCGGUUAUUCCUCAAAGAGUCAAUAUUUACUUUCAGUUAUUUAUGAUAAUUAUGAUGACGACAACGAGGUUUACAGUCGAUUGCUGCUGAAGCAAAAUCAGACCACUUGCAUUCCAAAGAGAAAAAACCUUCUAGAGGAUAAAGGUUAUGCAUUCUUACGAACAAGUGACAUCAAAGAAUUGAAAUCGGACAUUCUCAUCCAAAAACAUCGAUCUCUCCCCACAUUCGCAACAAUUCAUAAUCAGAUAUCGUCUACCGACUUCAAACCUUUAUCACGAUGUUUGUCAGAAAAUAACAUUAUGCGCUCUACAUGUUUUUCACCGAGUUCAUUUGAAACCAACUGAAACAUGUGAUUUAAUAUAGAAUUUAUACUUGUCGUAUCCCUCCUAAACGAUGAUUCGUAAGGAUCGUAAGGGUAAAAAAUUACAUCAUUGUGUUUCCAAGGAGAUAAUAAGAUAAUAUAAAAAACUGUCUAUUAAUGUUCCACUCUAAUGACCCGCAUAU